AUGUAUGUAACGAAAUUUCAGAAAUGUGGACUACCACAUAUGCAUAUGCUACUCAUCUUGGAUACUGAUGACAAGUUACGGGAACCUGAAGAGUAUGAUAGUGUGGUGAAAGCAGAAAUACCACAACAUGAGUCUGAGCCAGAAUUGUAUGAAGCGGUGUUAAAAAACAUGAUCCAUGGUCCAUGUGGAGUAUUGAAUCAAAAAUCUCCAUGUAUGAAGAAUGGUCAUUGUAAAAAACGAUACCCAAAAGAAUUUUGUGAAGAAACGCGUUAG